AUUUUAGGUUUUUUUUUUUUUUUACAGAGAUUAAGCGAAUCUGGGUUCACCAUCACCAGUGUUGGAUUUUUUUUCUUCCUCCUCUCCUCUCUCUCUCAAUCCUUCGAAAAUCAAACUUCUUCCUUCCUUUCCCCACUCAUCCUUCUUCUUUCUUCUUCCUAUUCUUCUUCCUAUUCUUCCUUCUUCUUCCUCUCCCAAUCGAACCCAGAUCUGGGUUUUUCUCAAACCUAAAUCUGGGUUUUUCCCAUCCAACGUCAACAUCUCCCUACAAAGAAUUGGAACCAAUGUUGCAUUCUUCCGCACAAACUACAUGAUUGUUGUCCUGUUCCUCCUCUUCCUCAGCUUGCUUUGGCACCCCAUCUCCCUAAUCAUCUUCAUCAUCAUCAUGGCCCGUGGCUAAAAGAAAAUGAACAAAAUCAAAACCCCUAAUAGUUAUUUUAGCUUCCACCAAACAAUUAAUCAUGCAUCCAAUUACUUGUCAACACCUGUAUCCAUCUUCAUAGCUCCCACCGAUAUACCCAAAAUCUCGUACAACGACGUGCAGGAUGCCAUACCCUAAGGUUUUAGAUAACGAGAUCCCUGUUCUUCCCUGGAAGUAUAAUGGCUGGUGGUUGCAACGGUGGCACUCAGAGGAUAGAAUCGAGUGUGGUGUAAGUUAUAGGAGGUGGGUUCUGACAAACGUUGAGUUUUGAGAAAGGGACAAGCAAGGAUGAGAAAGGAGGACAAGAAAGCAUCCUAAGUAACUGUGUUAUAAAGGUAUGGGGUGGAA